AUGUCUCUUGCAUUGCUCUGCAGUUUGUUACUGGUGCACGGCUCGCUCGGGGAGAUCGUGUUCCGCUGUCCGAGCUGCACCGCGGAGCGCCAGGCAGCGUGUCCCAAGCUCACCACCUCUUGCGAGAUUGUCAGAGAACCGGGUUGCGGUUGCUGUCCGGUUUGCGCCCGGCAGAAGGGCGAGCUGUGCGGGGUCUAUACGCCGAGAUGCGGCAGCGGUUUGAGGUGUUACCCGAGCGCGAAUUCAGAGUUACCGCUGGAGCAGCUGAUACAAGGACUCGGACGAUGCGAGAACAAAGUGGACCUAGAGCCCACCAUGACCAACCAGGAGUCAGCAGCACACAGUGGAGAAGUAAAUGGCACGCGGUCUCCUCCUAUGAAGAAGCCCGGCAAAGACUACCAGUACAUCAAGGAAAUAGCCGUAAACAAGCAUCACAACAACAAGAGGACCAGGAUGUACAACACUCAGGAUGAUCCCAAAACACCUCAUCCCAAACAGAGCCAGUGUCAACAGGAGCUGGAUAAAGUGUUAGAGAACAUCUCCCGAAUGGCGUUCCAUGACAACAAGGGACCUCUGGAGAAUCUUUACGACCUGAAGUUCCCCAACUGUGACAAGACAGGACAGUACAACCUUAAACAGUGCCACAUGUCCACCCACGGACAGAGGGGCGAGUGUUGGUGCGUCAACCCUUACACUGGUGUCCAGAUACCCUCGUCCGAUAAAGUGAGGGGGGACCCCAACUGCAGCCAAUACUACGGCGGUCCCGAACUGGAACCACCCACCGCCCAGCAGAAAUAGAUGCACUCUUGCCCAUAAGGGAGACGACCUGGGUGUUAAAGCGAGUGCAAGAGUGAUGUGCAUGUGUGUUAUUCUGUACUUGUAUGUGUGUGUGUGUAAAUUUUCGAAACAGUGUGAUCCUGUAUUGUCAGUAGGAGUGUGGAAAGUCACAUGCCAGCAAAGACAAGUCAAGGACAGGUAUUGUUAAACCUCCCACUUCUCAAAUCCAGAUAUCUGGGCUCCAAAUUUAACCCUGAGUGAUUGUUAUUUCGGCCUAUUUAUAGGCUUUGUCCGGUGCCUUUUAAUCUUGUGACUAAAUCUGGUUGCAGGGUGUCGCUUAUACAGCAUUUGCAGCUGUUCAUUGUAAAGAUGCGUCCGUUUAAUUCUGCCCUUUGUUUUUGGAGACCCAAUAAAAAGGGUGGCAUGUUUAU